AUGGGCCAGAGGCAUAACAGACGCCGCACUCGUCGUUCAAGCAACCGCAACAUACCUCCCACUGUUUUCGCUCAGCAUCCGACCUUGCCCGUGGAAAUCAAAUCAACCCUUCGGACACCUCAGAACAGCUUUUGUGCGCUUGCGUCUGCCGACAACUCUCCUGACGCAUGCAUUUCACGUGGAUCUCCGGUAGUCGCCCUCGCCCCAUCAUGGCACUAUGGGUAUACAGCCUGGCAGACCCGUAAACGCCCUUCGCGGCUGGAAUCAGAUGGGUUGGAAGAAGCACAGUUUCGUCUGUUCGGCGGAGAGCCGGGCGACGAUGUGAGCCUCUGUUAUCGAAUGCUUGAGUACUUCGGUGGACUCGACUACAUCGACUCAACGAGUGGCCAUGCCCUUGGAGAUUGA